AUGGCUAAUCUUGCGAAUACCAUGGAGGCGAAUGCUGCUGGGACUCUGCAAGUUGUACAGAGGUUAGGUCAACCAGCUGAAAACGGAAACAGUAAUGAAAAUGAGAAUAAUAAUUGGGAAGGAAACGGUAAUGACUUGGGAGGUGCUCCGAUGACCUUGGCUACAAUUUUCACGAUUUAUCUGCCAAGUUUCAGAGGUUUGACCAAUCCUACGGAAGCGGAUAAUUGGUUCCAGGCCAUGGAGCGUGAGUUACAAGCACAGCAUACAGCUUUUUACAAGAAGUAUUUUCCUGAAUCUGCAAGGGAAGCGAAGGAGUUGGAGCUUGUGCAGCUGAAGCAAGGCUCCUUGUCUGUGGCAAAUUACACUAGUCGAUUUGAGGAGCUUUGUAGGUUCUCUAGGAAUCGGGUUUUGUUGGAUUACUUUGAGCGAUCGAUUCAGUUUAUGUCGGAAGGAGAAAAUAGAGCAGUUGGAGCUGAGGGGUAUUACCUGAACUCUGUAAUGGUGAACUAUAGUAGGGAAGAGUGUCAAGGUUAUAUACUGUUGGCUGCAAAUGCAUUAGGUGGUAAUCAGGAGUUAGAUCAAAUCUCGGUAGUUAGAGACUUUCCAGAAGUAUUCCCGGAAGAUAUUCCUGAUUUUUCACCUCAAAGGGAGAUUGAAUUUGCAAUUGAAUUGGUGCCGGGAGUCGGACCACUGAACAAAGUGACUGUGAAAAGCAAGUACCCGUUGCCUAGGAUUGACGACUUGAUGGACCAAUUGCAAGGAGCUGGAGUAUUCUCAAAGAUUAACUUGAGGUCAGGUUAUCAUCAGAUAAGGGUGAAGGAGGAUGACAUUCCAAAAACUGCGUUUAGGAUGCGCUUUGGGGACUACGAGUUUACGGUGAUGUCCUUUGGGUUGACAAAUGCACCUGCUGUGUUCAUGGAUUACAUGAACAGAGAGCGGAAAUUGUAUGCUAAAUUAUCCAAAUGCGAGUUCUGGAAGGAGGAAGUGAAGUUCUUAAUAGCCGUAGAUCCUUUGAAAGUAGAGACGGUGAUGGAAUGGGAAAGAACAAUGACGGUGAUGGAGGUUAGGAGUUUCUUGGGCUUAGCCGGAUAUUACCGGAGAUUCAUUGAGGGAUUUUUCCGGAUUGCAUUACCAAUGACCAAGUUAACCCGGAAGAAGGUGCCAUUUGUGUGGAUGUCGGAGUGUGAGGAGAGUUUUCAAACCUUGAAACAAAAGUUAACUUCAGCACCUGUUUUAAUCUUACCGGAACCGCACGAACAGUUUGAAGUGUAUUGUGAUGCGUCAUUGAAAGGUUUGGGUUACGUGUUGAUGCAACACUGGAACGUGAUGGCUUACGCAUCGCGUCAGCUGAGACCACGUGAGGCAAAUGUUGUGGCAGACGCGUUGAGUCGGAAGUCUUUAACAAUAGCCUGGAUGAGAAUCAAGGAAGAGGAGUUGGUGGAUAAGUUUGUAGAUCUCAAGUUGGAUAUUGGUGAAGUUGCGAGAAAAGCUUAUUUGAAUCAGUUGCAAAUUUCAAAUCCCGAGUCGGUCGAGUUGAGGGAGAACUUGACGUUUCGAGUGACAUCGGUGCGUAUUGACGACACUAGUGUAAAAAAACUGCGAGGAAAGGAAGUUCAGUUGGUUAAAGUGGCAUGGAAGCGAGCCGGAGUGGAAGAGAAUACUUGGGAAUUGGAGGCCAAAAUGCGGAAGGAUUAUCCCGAGUUAUUCUCAGGGAUGGUGGUUAAUCCCGCCUGUCGAGGUAGUGGCGGUGGUGUAAGGACGGUAGUUAAUCCUGCUUACGUUGAGAUGUGA